AUGCAGAGCACGUUUUCUUCACAGACCUUACUCGAUUAUAAUGAUGUCACGCGAAUCGACCCGAUCAAUGUUAACAUCAUUCUUCACCAUUUGAUGAAUCAAGGCAAAUUAACUGAUCGCGCAGUACUUUACAUCAACGAGGUGGCAAGUAACUUAUUCCAAAAAGAGGCAAAUGUAGUUGACUUGAAUGACAACGUCGAAACUCUUAUCAUAGGAGACACUCAUGGACAGUUCUAUGACACUGUUUCCUUACUUGAAAAGACACAAGCGGCUCGUUAUGUCUUUUUAGGAGAUUAUGUCGAUAGAGGGGAGUUUGGUGUUGAACUUGUCUUGAUGCUCUUUUCUCUUAAAAUAUCGUCGCCAAAGAGGUUCAUCUUCUUGCGAGGAAAUCACGAGUCUCGCGCGAUGAGUGAGAAGAACACAUUUAAAGCGGAGUGUCUCUCUAAAUACAACGAAGAGAUUUAUGAGAGUUUCAUCUCUGUCUUUCAAACCCUUCCGAUCGCAGCCGUUGUCAAUAACAAAUACUUCUGUGUCCAUGGGAAUGUCACUCCAGGCCUCACUACUAUUGCUGCAAUUAACGAAUUGAAUCGGUUCUGUGAACCUGAAAAAGGCACUCAAUUGGGUGAAAUGUUAUGGAACGAUCCUAUUAAUGAAGAAGAAAUGUACGACGCCUCACUUGGCAAAUAUGAUUACGCUGCAAGUACAAUUAACACUACCAAUAACGAUCUCAGUGAGUUAAAUAAUUACUUUAAAGGUAAGAAUUUGGAAGAAGUGAAGAAAUGGAUGACUGUUGAAUCGACUCCAAAUACUAAAAGAAAUUGGGGAAAGAGAAUUGGGUAUUCUUAUAUGAAGCAAUUCUUACUCGAGAAUCAAUUGACUAGUAUCAUUAGAGGACAUGAAUAUGAAGAAGAUGGAUAUAAGGAAAUGUAUUAUAUGAUAGAAGAUAUUCCUAUUUUAUACACAGUGUUCUCUGCUCCUAAUUAUUUCUGUGGAAGAUAUGUGAAUUUAGGAGCUUAUCUUAUUAUCAAAAAUGGAGAUGUGAAAGCUAAGAAAUUCAGAGGAGUUUCUUUGGAGAGAACACCAAGCCCAGAAUUCGAAAAAGAGGCUGAGAAGAUCAGUGUCGUUGUUUAA